GAGAUGAAGCCGGCAGGUGCGGGUGCCACAGUCUCCCCCGGGCCGGAGUCCACGGAUGUGUCCCUUGGCCCGCCGUUUCCCUGGCCCUGCCCAUCCGACGUGCGGCUCUGUGGCCACCUGCGGAAGCAGAAGUCCCAGCGCCGCCGCUUUUUCGUUCUGCGUGCUGACCCUCCGCGCCUGGAGUGCUAUGAGAAUGAGAAGAAGUUCCUCGCCAGCGGCUGCCGCCCACCUCGACCCCGGCGCAGUGUGAGCCUAGAGGGUGCCUGCACUAUCAGCAAGCGCGCGGAUGCCCGCCAGCGCCACCUGAUUAUCGUCUACACCAGCGACAGCAGCCUGGGCGUAGCGGCAGCCAGCGAAGCUGAGCAGCAAGAAUGGUACAGCGCCCUGCUGGAGGUGCGCGCCUCAGCCGCUGCAGCUGCCGCCACGGCUAUGGGUCUCAGUCCCCAAGAGGCCCCCGAGUCUUGGAUCUUCGCCCCGUUCCAGGACGUCUGGCCUGUGACACUGCGGUCCAAGGGGCUGGGGCGGGUACGAGGCCUGGGCAGCGGCAGCUAUCGCCUGUGCCUGGGUUCUGGGGCUCUGAGCCUUCUGCGGAAGCCAGGAAGCAAAGGCUCCAAAGACAGCCGGGCAUCGCCCCCACCGGCCCUGCGCCUGUCCUUGCUCAGCGUGCGUCGCUGCGGCCAUGCAGACUCCUUCUUCUUCCUGGAACUCGGGCGCUCAGCGCCCACAGGUCCUGGAGAGCUGUGGAUGCAGGCACCUGAUGCAGUGGUGGCCCAGAGCAUUCAUGAGACCGUCCUGGCUGCCAUGAAGAGGUUGGGGAGCAGUGCAACCAGUGGCCGGCCUGAGCCACCAUCUGGAGAUCCCCCAAAGAGUGCUCCCGCAGCCCCUGCCCCGACAUCAUACGAAACCCCUGCAUCUGUAAUGCAACCAAGACACCCGGGUGAGAGAGCAAAGCAAGACUACAAGGCCUUGGAAAGGAUGGGGCCCAUACCCUCCUACAAGGGGCUAGAUCUGGGCGGGGACUAUAUCACCAUGGGAGUCAAGGAUGACUACAUGCACAUGGGAGGAGAGGCUGGCGACUACAUGUGGAUGGCACCCCCAAGCCUUCCUCCCACCCCUGUUAGGGUAAAUCCUGACAAGUCACUUCAGGAUUGUGAGGGCACAGAGUACGUGCCCAUGAAUAGAUUUUUACCAGGGCCUUUUUACUACGAGCUCAAGGCCAGGGAGCCUGAACUUGGGCAUCAGGGUUCCCCCUGCAGCAUUAGGGGCAGAUGGGGACCCACAGAGGCUCAGCCCUGCUCUUCCCAACUUUCAGAACUCUCUGGGGACUACAUGUACAUCCCAGACUAUGUAGGAAUGGACAGUGCUAAGCCAGGGUCCCUGGACAGCUGCCUCAACUAUGUGGACCUGGACCUAGUCCCUCCCCUGAAGGUGACUGGAGCAGCCUCUGGGGACAGUCCACACAGCUACGCCAGCAUCAAGUUCUAGAACUUUUGGGGAGAUAGUCAGGGGAGGAGACCCAGGCAUUGGUCAAGG